CCACAGCUGUGGAUGUUUUCAACAAACCUUCUCGGUAAGGUCACGUGAUCCUCGGCGUCGUUGAACCGCAAGCAGCCUCGGGAAGCCACGUUCCAGUCGGUCCUUCACUCGUAGAUGAUGAUCCACGCCUAGCGCCCUCAUGAGACUCACUCAGAGGUUCCGAGCGAUGCUUCUCCUGUCCGCGUUAUUCCUCGUCUUCCUCUACUCCACUGUACACAAGGAGGUAGUCUCUGGAGCAGAACAGGCUCCAAAGCGAGCCUUGGUGCGUCAAACGGCGGUUCGAACCCCGGUCCGAACCCAAGUACCAACCCCGCCAAAGAUCAACGUAUCUUCCGCGUUCAGGAAUUCCAUCCCAGAAAAUGGAGCGUACUGGAACCGGCUUCUGCACUCUGGUCUCAAACACACAGACAAGGCCAAGGACCCGUUGAGCCGGGAUCCGCCUUGGCAUCACUGCCGAGAGACCAAUCAGGAUCUGAUGGACACGAACGUGCACAAUUUGGCCUCGUACCCGCUCCUGCUGCAGAAUUUUCUGCGGGGAAUGAAGUGUCGAUCGCCCCCGUUCCUCAUGGACCAGCCUGACAAGUGUGGAGAGAACGCUACCUUCCUGCUCUUCGCCAUCAAGUCCAUGCCAGCUAACUUUGAGCAGCGGCAGGCGGUGCGUGACACCUGGGGACGGGAGUGCCUCCAUGACGGUGGCCUACGUGUGAGGACCGUGUUCAUGCUGGGCGCCGCCUCAACGGACGACCCAGACCUCAGCGCACUGCUACAGUUUGAAGCUGAGCGCUACGGCGACGUACUGCAGGCCGACUUCCAUGAGUCCUUGUUCAACCUGACCCUCAAGAUCAACACCUUCCUGCAGUGGACCCUGGAUAGGUGUCCGCGGGUCUCCUUCAUCUUCAGCGGAGACGACGACGUUGUGGUCAACACUCCGGCUCUGCUGGGCUACCUCCUCUCGCUCGACUCUUCCAAGGCCUCACGGUUGUACGCCGGACACGUGAUAAAGACGGCAAGCCCCCUGCGGGACCCCAAGAGCAAGUACUUCAUCCCCAUGAGCUUCUAUGAGGGACCAUACCCGGCCUACGUGGGCGGCGGAGGCUUCGUCAUCUCGGGGGCGUUGCUGGCACCGCUCUAUUCGACUUGCGAAGUCAUUCCCUUCUUCCCCAUUGACGACGUCUACGUGGGCAUGUGCUUCAGUGCCCUGGGGGUCUCGCCCGAGGCACACGCCGGCUUCCAGACCUUCGACAUUCGAGAGAGGGACCGUGAGAACCUGUGCGUCUACAAGAAGUUGAUCCUGGUCCACCGCCGGUCCCCCCAGCAGGUGAAGAGAAUUUGGAGGGGCAUCCACAGUCCCCUGCUGACCUGUUGAGGCGGAAUAUUUUAGGGAUGAUGGAGGUGAAGAUGAAACGUUGGACUGCGUGGUUUAAUAUCAAAUUUCCAACCACAGAAACAUUUAAAUGUCUGAUCAGACCUUGUUUAACAUUGUGACAUAAUUAAAAAAUAAUUUUGCUGCACACGAGGACCAACGCAGUACAUUUCAGUGGGACUAUUAAAAACAUUUUUCGGUUUAGUAUUUUUGGUGCACUUUAUUUUUUUGUCUUUGCCGGUUUGCAAGAUAAUGCAAAUGAUAACCAAGAACUCAGAUUUGCACAUCGACGACUUUGGUGUGAAUGGAACGUUGCGAUCAAAAUUGCUGCCAAACAACCAGAAAAUAGCCUGCUAGCCAACAAAGAUGCAACUUGAUAAAUUGAGGAAGUUUAGUUUGUAAAAAUAAGGACCGAAACCAAAAAAUAAAAAUGCAAAUGGAACAGUCCAAUCAAAAUGGCAACCGAAUGACUGAAUGUUUACACAUCGUCAGCCAUCUUCCACAAACCAGGAAGUAGCUUGCCAGCAAACAGAAGGAACUUAAGUGGAGAAAAGUUUAGUUCGUGGAAGCCAGGAGAGAAAGUUUUGGUGUUGUGCUAAUCGGGAAAAAGGUAGUCUGUAGCUAACAACCAAAGAUGGAACUCUGUACGUCUACAAAGUUCUGUUGAAAUGUUCAUUAAUACAACACAACCCAUUGGACUGAUAGUUUGUGAACCAAACUAAGACUUGACCACAAAAUACAAAGGAUAGAGAAAUACUUAUAGUAGAAUAUAUAGUCAUUCAUUCAGCUUCCAUUCCGCUUAGCCUCACUAGGGUCGCGGGUGUGGAAAAUAUUAGAAAAAACAAUAUUUGGCAGAAAUACAAAAAGGACAAUUGAAAAAUACAAAAACAGUGGAAAAAUUAAUACAAAAAUACCAACAUCAGAAAAAUGGAAAACAAAGAGAUGGACAAAUACAAUAUUGGAUAACAAAUAGGAAAAAUUAAUUCAUAAAUACUGGAAAAUAUUUUCAAUUAGAAAAAAAAAAUUGACAGAACUACCAGUUUCGAGUUGGAUGUUUUUAUUUUGUUCACAAAACACAGGGCAAGAAAGAAGCUACAUCGUUGUGCUAUCGAUGAGUUUCAUACAACCCACUAAAAUCCAUUAAAUAAACCAGAUGAGGAUACAUGUAACAUAUUCAACUUUGUUAUUCGCACGGCAUCCACUCGUAUCCUUCUGUUUACAGUUAGUGAUAUAUGACAAGGAAGUGUGCUAACUGUAAGGCACCAAGCAGGAGAACAUAUAUAAAAACACACAAUCCUCAUCAAAACUACAUUGUUGUGCGUCAGUAUAAAGCAGGCGUUCUCAAACCGUCUUGGUCUAGUGAACCCAUAUUGGGGAUAUCAUUUUCCAAGGAGCCCUUUAUAAUCCUAACAUAACUACCACAACAUGUGGUUGGCCUAAAAGCAUAGUUGCUUCAGCCAUAUUUGAACGGUUAAAAGGGGGGAAAAAAAGAAUAAUAAUUCAACCUGUGCAGAUUACCUUGUUUUUUGACAACCACAUUGGUAUUAUUUGAUAUUGUGACAGCAAGUUAAAAAUAACAUGACAUUAGGCUAGUGACGUGUACCCCUAAAUGACAUAAGAAUUAAGAAGUCUCCUAUUUUACGGUGGCCUUGAGUGCCCUGAAAGGCACCUACUAAUAAAA